UUACAUAUCAUUUGCAAAUUAACAAUAUUUAAGUUUAAUAUGACUAUAAUUAAAUUAACAUGUGACUUUGACAAUGACAGGUUACCUGGAAAAUGUCCGGGUGUCAACACGCAACACACGUAAACAAUUGCCAAAGUGGGCUGUUUGAACUAAAGAGAAAUUCUUAUUAACUAAGGAUCUCUGCUAUUUCCAGUGUAUUAUGUGCCAUUAAGGAGUGAAGUAUUAAAUAAUCUAUUAAUCAUGAAGAAAUCAGGUGAAAAUGGGAAUCUCAAAUACAUAAGUUUACUGAUUUUAACUGUGCAAAAUGCAAUGCUUGGAUUGUCCAUGCGUUAUGCUAGGACAAGGGAUGGAGACAUGUUCUUGUCAUCCACUGCUGUUUUAAUGGCUGAGGUUGUGAAAUUGGUUACAUGCUUGGCAAUUGUGUAUGUUCAGACUGGGGGUAUCACUGGCCUUGUACAUUCCAUACAAACUAUCAUUAUUCAAAAUCCUAAAGAUACACUUAAAGUGUGUGUUCCAAGCUUUGUUUAUGUCAUACAAAAUAAUUUGUUGUAUGUCUCUGCAUCUCACUUGGAUGCAGCCACUUAUCAGGUUUCAUAUCAAUUGAAAAUAUUGACGACAGCGAUGUUUGCCGUUGUGAUAUUGCGCAAGGAGCUGCACAGGACGCAGUGGUUCUCUCUACUCACUUUGGUCGUCGGAGUUGUGUUGGUGCAAUUGGCGCAAACUGAUAGUCCGACGACCCACACUACGGGACCGGAGCAGAACCGUUUGAUAGGGUUUGCAGCAGCUUUAACAGCUUGCGUUCUUUCCGGUUUCGCCGGAAUCUACUUCGAGAAGAUGCUCAAAGGAAGCGAUAUUACGGUUUGGAUGCGAAACGUCCAGCUGAGCUUGUGCUCCAUACCGUUCGGUUUGUUAACUUGCUUUUUAUACGACGGCAAGGUCAUCCACAACCAAGGUUUCUUCUUUGGAUACGAUAAGUUCGUCCAGUAUCUGGUCAUACUGCAAGCUUGCGGUGGAUUGAUCGUAGCUAUGGUCGUGAAGUACGCCGAUAAUAUACUUAAAGGAUUCGCCACUUCUCUGGCAAUAGUCAUCUCAUGCGUGGCAUCCAUCUACUUAUUUGAUUUCGUCCUGACCCUUCAGUUCACCCUUGGAGCUGCGUUCGUCAUCGGUUCGAUAUUCCUUUACGGAUACGUACCCAAGAAGACUACCAUCGUGGGCUCAAAGGUGUAAACAAAAAUAAUCUCGCAAGGAACUUAUUAUAUCGUUAUUAUUAUAUAUAUAUA